CCAUGAUCAACCGCUCGCUGCGGGCGAUCAAGACUGAGCUCGAGUUCCUCGUUGACUCCAAUGUCAUCAGCCAGUCGCAGUACGACACCAUGAUCAACCAGCUCCCCGCGAGCGCCAACGCUGCGCGCGCCACACCUGCCGCUCCUGCUGCACAACUGUCCUCCCUCUCUAUCAACGCGCCCGAGCCCGAGAAGAAGAGCACCAACGGCGUUGGCUACUACUCGAACAACGUCUCGAACGCACCUCCGCCCGCAUACCCAACCCCACCCGCUGCUCCCGUUGGCCCGCCCGCUCUCUGCCACGCGACUGCCAUGUACCAGUACAACGCACAGGACGCCGGUGACCUCGCUCUCAUGCCCAACGACAAGAUUGUCGUAACAGAGUACAUGAACAACGAGUGGUGGAAGGGACGCAACGAGCGCACUGGUCAGGAGGGCAUCUUCCCUGCCAGCUACGUGCGCCGCGAGGAGAAGGCCGUUGUGCCCGCUGCUGUGCAGCCGAGCAACUAUGGCAACAUGCCGCUGGAUGUGUCCAACGGCUCGAACGGCGCCGUCGCUCAGAGCACGCCCGCGGAGCCGAGCAAGUUUGAGCAGGGCGGCAAGAAGUUUGGCAAGAAGCUGGGCAACGCCGCCGUCUUUGGAGCAGGUGCGACAAUCGGAAGCAAGAUUGUGAACGGUAUAUUCUAAGUUUUUGCAGGUGCGACAAUUGGAAGCAACAUUGUGAACAGCAUUUUCUGAGAGUGCGGGUGCGACUGUUUUUGUUGGCAUUGGGCUCAUGUUACCCCUUCGAGUGUACUGGCGUUCAGGAU